AUGUGUUUAUUCACUAGAUUUAAUCAAUAUUACAGAAUAAUAAAUCGGCGGGACAGAUUGAUAGGUCAGUACCUGUCACGUUUUUGGAUGCCGCGUAAGACAAUGUGGGCGCGUGCCUUUUACGGUCAUGUUUUAACAUUGGGUAACAGCACGAAUAAUCGUGUUGAAUCGCUAAAUAGGCAAAUUAAACGAUAUGUACGCAAAAGUGAUAGUCUGUACAAGUGUAUGUACAAGGCUUUAAAAUGGAGUGAAAUGACGUCAACUAGAAGAAGUAUCGAAGAUCAAGUGAUAGCAGGAAGAUCUUAUAAAUAUAAUGUUCCACAGCGUCUUAUACCCUUGCUAAACAUUUUGACCCCAUUCGCAAGAUCUAAAGUGUUAUACGAACUUAAACAAAUGCGUUUCGUCUACGUGAAAUAUGAAAGCGGCGACUGGUUGUUUAUGGUUGACCGCGGACAACAUCAUGAAGUGGAUAUAAGCAUUUGUCAAUGCAAUUGUAGCACGUUUAUGAUGUGUCGAUAUCCGUGCCGUCACAUGCUACUUGCCUACGUUAAAAGACGAAGUCUUACAG